AUGUCAGCGUAUUCCACGCAUGGCGAUGCUGGAAAAGCAAAAGGGUUUUACGAUAGAAUGCCCGAGAAGACAAUGCUCUCGUGGACAUCUAUGAUGGCUGCAUAUACCACAGCUGGGGAUUUUGAGCGUGUCAAAUGGUGUUUUGAUCAUAUGCCCAUGCGGGACGUUGCGGCAUACAAUGUCAUGCUGAACGCGUACUUAGACGAUGGUAACAUAUUUACGAUGAGAAUUUUGUUUGAUGAGCUUCCAGAAAAAGACAUAAUCUCAUACACAACGAUGCUGUCUGCUUAUUCCCAAAGUGGGAAUCUUGAAGAAGCAAAGAUGGUAUUUGAUGGAAUGCCAUGGAGGAGCAUCUACUCCUGGAACGCACUGCUCGUAGGAUAUGCCGAGAAUCAAGACCUGGAGGAUGCGAGGUAUUUCUUUGAUCGCAUGCCACAAUGGAAUGUAGUUUCCUGGACAAUAAUGAUUUCUGCAUAUGCCAAGGCCUUUCGCAGCACAGACGCCAUGAGCUUGUUUAGAGAGAUUCCAGAGUGGGAUAUAGCUUUGUCCAAUGCAGUUCUGAAUGGUUUCAAUGAAUCAAGGGAUUUGGAAAAGGUAAAACGAUUCUUUGACGAGAUGCCGGCUUGGAAUCUAGUCUCCUGGACCACUUGCAUUCAAGCAUUCGCCUUGGAAGGGGAUAUCACAAACUCCCAGAGAAUCUUCGACAUGAUGCCUUGUAAGAACCUGGUUGCUUGGAACGCCAUUCUUUCAGCUUACAUUCAAAAUGGAAACAUCAAAGAUGCCAUCCAUACAUUCAAGGCUAUGCCCCAACACGAUCAAGUGUCAUGGACUAGCAUGCUCUCUGGAUACUCACGCUCCGGGCAUCUUAACGAAGUUGAGUCUUUGUUCGAGCGAUUGCCUUGCAAGUGUCUUUGCUCUUGGAAUUCUCUGCUGGUGGGAUAUGCUGAUAACUUGCAUGUGGAGAAAGCCAAGCAAGUCUUUGAGAAAAUGCCCCAGCAUGAUCAAAUCUCAUGGAAUGCACUGCUUGAGGCAUAUUCUAGAGUUGGCGACCUUGCAAAAGCAAGGGGUAUUUUUGAGGCUAUGCCCGAUAGAAAUAUUGUGUCCUGGAACACAAUGCUCACUGCUGUUUCUUGUAGAAACUACUUGGGGAAUGCAUGGAAGCUUUACAAUAUGAUGCCUGAGCAUGACUUGUUGUACAGGGACACUCUCUAA